UACUGUCUGGAUCGAUAUGCAGUCUAUAGUAGGUUGGGCACCUUCCGCCAAGUCAGGUUGUGCCGUACGUUAAUCGUUCUCCUCCCAUCAGCACCUUCACCUCCUCUCGUCUCUUAAUUAUCAUCCUAAUUGGGACUUCAGUUUUAGGAUCAGUUGUCACAUCAAGAAACGUCCCCUGCACGCCAUGCACUUGAACAGAACUCUCUGAUUUUGAACACUGGAUGUUUGUUCGGUAGGCCCACCGCCCACACCCGUACACAUGAACCUCUAGUUUUUACUCUUAAUUUCGUAAACUUACGACUGAAACGCCAGAACGAAUUUAAGGCCCACGUCCAGCUUUGUUUCGACAUCUGUUCCGUUUGGUCAGGUAUAAUCCCAAUUAGUCAAGAUGAAGGAGGGGCUCUCCAGCGUGCUGAAGGCUAAGAAGUCCGCCUUCAUGGCGAGUAGUGUCCAGUAUGAGGAGUUGGGAAUGGGACAAUCCAACGGAGAGAAGGGAGGUGAAGAGAGCAUGCAAAUGACGGGAGCUGGAGGCGAAUGGGGAUCGUUCGACUCACCAACGUUAGAACGUCCACCGUUACGUCACAUUGAUAAAUACGUACGACCUGAGUGUCCCUGUUGUGAUAUGACCAAGCGAUUCACGGUGGCUGUGCUGGCCAGCAUUGGUUUUCUGAUAUCCUUCGGAAUUCGAUGUAACAUUGGAGUUGCUAUCGUCAAGAUGAUUGAAGUCAACAAUGCAACAGGGAAAGCGGAAUUCGACUGGGACAAGGGUACGAUUGGGUUGGUCGACUCUUCCUACUUCAUUGGAUAUUUCAUCACUCAGGUUCCGGGAGGGUUCUUAGCGGCGAAAUACAAGGCGAACAUGAUAUUUGGAACUGCCAUAUUCGCGUCUGCCAUAUUGAACCUAUUCGUUCCUGGAGCAGCACGGGCUGGAUAUGGAUGUCUCAUGCUUCUCCGAAUUGUUCAAGGACUUGCAGAGGGUGUUACAUAUCCAGCAUGUCAUGGAAUUUGGAGAUGGUGGGCACCUCCCUUGGAAAGGUCACGACUCGCAACGUUGGCUUUCUGUGGAUCGUAUGGUGGGGCUGUCGUUGGAAUGCCGGUGUCAGGAUGGCUGGUUGAAGGAAUAGGAUGGGCUGCACCCUUUUACUUUUAUGGAGUGGCUGGCUGCGUGUGGUACCUAUUUUGGCUGUGGUUGGUGUUCGAAAGGCCACGUAAGCAUCCUACCAUCACCCCUCAAGAGGUGCAUUACAUAGAAAAAUCUAUUGGACCGGUAAAUCUCACCCCACCGAGUUUCAAAACAACGCCAUGGUACGAGAUAUUCCACUCAAUGCCUGUCUAUGCCAUCAUCGUCGCCAACUUUUGCCGUUCUUGGACAUUCUAUCUUCUCAUUAUAUCACAACCAACGUAUUUUGCGGAAAUUUUCAAGUUUGGCGUUGGAUUUGGCGGAACUCUGGCAGCACUACCUCACUUGCUAAUGACGAUGGUUGUUCCCGUGGGAGGAAUUCUGGCAGAUCACUUGAGAAAGAACAACAUUCUUACGACGACUCAAGUACGGAAAAUUUUCAACUGUGGCGGAUUUGGAAUGGAGGCUGUGUUUCUGCUCUUGGUCGCUGCAGCAAAGGACAACUCUGGCCUGGCCAUCCUUGCCCUCACGUUAGCCGUCGGAUUUUCUGGAUUUGCCAUCUCUGGGUUUAACGUGAACCACUUGGACAUUGCGCCACGAUACGCUGGAAUUCUCAUGGGCAUUUCGAACGGUGUUGGAACCUUGUCUGGACUCUUGUGUCCUAUCGUUGUGGAGAAACUGACAAAGAAAAAGGAAAUCAGUGAGUGGGAGCAAGUCUUUGUUCUGGCUGCAAUGAUCCACUUUGGAGGAGUGGCGUUCUAUGCUGUAUUUGCAUCCGGAGAAUUGCAACCAUGGGCAGAACCUGCUCCAGAUCCCACGGAAGAAUAUUCCAAGAAGGAUGAAGCUCAGAUGGAAACCACCGCUUUGAAUGAGGGUCCUCCACAGCAAAACUACAGCGCAAUUGGAGGUGGAAAUGCAGAUUUUAACGCCUGGGGAGACGCCCCGAAUGAAGGGCUGCAGAGACGUAACUGAAAUUCGUAAAUAUAUAACAAUUCAACGAAAGAGAUUGCUCGACAUUUUGAAACACCACCACCUUUUUCAUUCCUUCAUUAAUUCAGCAACUAUCGUGCAAGGUUUUGAGAAACAUUGGAAUCUGACUGCAAGAUAAUAGGAAAUCAUGAUAAUGAUAAUAAUUUCUUUAGUGUUGUGGGCCCUCCAAAGUCACGCACACGACUUAAUAUUGACCUGAAGUUGAAUUAUUUCAUUUUAACGAAGGACGAAUACUCACUCACUCGAACUGUUUUUAUUACUUCUUAACGUACAAUAAAUCACUUGAGAUUUCGUGUGACAAUAUGUGAAGGAUUCACACACAUUUUAGGCAGCAGUGACUGGAAGCUCUCACGUUGACUCCACCACAUAUCGAAAUACUUGUCUCAAAAAAAUAGCGACGAUCAAGGUAAAAGUAACAUCAGAAGCAGUACUUAGUUAAAAAAAUAAUACUUUAUCGUUUCCCGCAUGUGUGACAUCUUACUCACAAAACUUGAUUAAAAAUAAUAAUGCCGACAGAAAAUGGUCAAGAAAAAAUACGCAAAAGAAAGUCACAGCCACCACAUGGACAAUAUUCUACAAUAGACUAUAUAUCCUUACAAUGCUACAACUACAUAUAUACUCACUCACUUAAAUACUAUAAUUAUUAUGGCUCCUGCAGCUGAAAUAUUUUAUUAUCGCUUUAUUUGAGUCUAGGUCAGUUAUCUAUUACCGUGUUUAUCCCAGAAUGAAUUGUGUUAUAGAGAUUUGUAACACUCAACAAAUGUGCCUUAGCCAGUGCCGAAUGACGACAAUAUACAUUGACCCAAGGGGAGGCACCAGUUCGUCAUGGGGUUCUCGUUAUUGACACGUAUGCCGACAAUUUUAUGCGGUCAGUGGCAGAACCUCGUCACAAUUGGUACUCCGCCUUGACCCAGAGUGUUACACGCCCACUGACGACAAACCAAUUAUUGGAGGAGGAUGUAAUUUCUUCCAGUAAUUUGUCUGUCCGAGUGAAAAAAAUAGUAUCGAUUUUUCAUCUCCUCAAUUUCAUUCAUGAUAUUUGAACUUCCAAAAAUAUUCAGCUUAUUUAUUGUCUCAGAGAAUAUUUGAAGAAUAUUCGAAAUCUUUUAUUUCAAGGUAGAAUUGUAAUAUAUGAAAAAAUGCUAAAAAUAUGUACUAUCGAUCAUCAGAGAGAUCGGUUGUUAUUAGGUGAUUGAUUAUAAACCUGGUUCACCACGACCCAGCCAUCCACCUUCUCAAAGGGAUGGGACCUGGCAAGAAAUUUCCAUUAUUAUUACGUAUUCUUCUCAACGAAGAACAACUGAUAUUUGUCCAUCAACGCACUAUUAUAAAGAUAUUAUUGAAUUUAUGUAUGUACGUAGAUUUAUUCUCGUAAGGAUUUUCGCUGAGAAUUAGAUAAUCCUACAAAAAAAUGAGACUGCUUUUCCACCCAGUCAGUCAUCAGUAUUACAUCGAACAGAGCGAAUCAGUCGAUAAUCCUGCAAUCACUUAUGUACAUAUUUAUGUAGUUAUCCAACCUGUAACAAUUUUGCCACGCAAAGUAACCUAGAUAAGUAAAACCAAAAACGUAAAUAUGUAGUGUGCGUGCAUUUUAGAAAAAAAAUGUAUUAUUUGAUUUUAAAAAUCUUGAUGGCUUCCUGACUCUCGCGUCAGUUGAUUUCCGUUCCAGAAUUGGCGACAAUAAAACAUGUAACUAAACCCAUCAACAAAAAGUGACAAUUAACUAGUUGGUAGUAAAAAAACGGUAUAAAUAUGCAUGCACAUCAUGCAGAUGAUGAUGAUUACAGGUGGUAGCACUGGAUAAAAAAGUGCGAAAAGAGUUGUUGUAAACAAAUUAUUAUGUAUCCAUUAAUUAUUAGAAUGUGAUAAAAUCAUAAAUCAUGAUAUUAUUAUUCGAGUUAAGCAAACAUAUGUAUAAUAAAAAUACCAAAUGUAUUACAUAAAUACGUGUCAGGGUAGAGAAAUCUGUAUAGAAAAUAAAAUACGAAGAUGUUGAAGUCUAAAUAUGUGUAGUGAGUAGUGAUCCUACCUACGAUGAAAAUUGGUAUAUGGUGCAGUGUACGUAAAAUAAAAUCAUGAUGAUAAGUCAAGUUUGAAAUUUGUUAAAUUAUUCAGAAUGUAUGUUUGUCAAAUUGAUUGUGUAACUUGAUUGUGCUCGUUAUAUUUGAUAAAUAUUACUCCUGGAGAAAUCUAAGUACGAGUGCUUCCCGGUUGAGUUGAGUUGGGCGAAUCAAUUUAAUUACAUAGUUUCUUAAUCAAGAAUAUAUAAUCAUCUUGAGUUUAUGGCGAUGGUAUUAAAUUAAGUUUAGACCAAGCGAAGUUUAGAUUGUGUCGUACCUCAAGUCGGAAAUGCAAAUUGAAUUGUUUUUGCAUGCGUGAAAGCAUAGACAAUAAACAUGUGUAUGUAAGUAGGAUAUAAGGCGAUAAGAAGGAGCAGGUAGUCCACCGUGUAAGAAUUCGGUCUAGAAGUUUAGUUUAUAAAAAAAUGAUGCAUGCCCAGAAUUAAUUAAAAGUUGCAAUAAACUGUACCGUAAAGUAUAUGCUGUGUAUAUUACUGUGUCAGUAUUACAAUAAAACAAUUCCCCAAUUA